GUAACAGGCCGAUUAGAUUCAGACCUUUAUAUGCACAUUUAUUUAUUUAAUAUGUCAUUUGCAUGCGGAGUGCGCCUCUGUGGACGUGCCUGCUCGACCUCUGAAGGGAGUUAGGAGAAGAGUGAAUUCAGCGGUAACUUUAUCCGCUCUGAACAGACCGUGAAGAAUCUUAAAUGCUCAACAAGUUGUUUUAUUCUUUUCUUUAUGAGGAGCCUUUAAUCAUCCGUCUGCGCGCAUCGAUUUACAUUGGAGUAGUUCUUCUGUCAUACAUGUAGAAGCUUUCAUCUUCCCUCGGUACAGUAAAAGGAGAAAGGACACGGCUGAAACCUGGACACAAUGUCAUUGAAAGUCGACAGAAGUGGGAAUGAUACCGGCGGCUGAGAGAACACAAUGUUUGAAACGUCAUAUUGAUUCUGGCUUUAGUUUGUGAAACACCGCUGUCACCGUCUCUGUCUGAGCGCUUGAUUCACGAGGGAAACGGUAUUUCGGCGCGCCUUCCAUCAUUAUAAAGGUGGCUUUUCCUUUCGGAUACAGAAAAUGAAAGCGUGGCGUGGACUCCGUGACAGCAUGGGCUAAAUUUUAGGUUAAUUUGAGUUCUCUCUGCCGCUGCGUCUGUCUCCGAUGGUCCGUUUUUUGUGUGCGCGUUUCUGGGUGUUCUGUUAGAAUGAGCCAGUGCGCCUCGGAGUGUAUGCCCAUAAUGUGCGUUCCUCAUGUCCAUUGACAACGCAUCCAUUCUGAUCAAGCGUCCUUGUCAUUCAUCCUCAGAUGUUUGCUCCCCAUUUUACCAACAUGCCGCCCCAAACAUAUCUUACAUAAUACAUGUUGAAAAAAAUAAAAUAAAAUAGUGUGAGGAGUAUGGACAUAACGGCUACACAGCAGGACAGCGACGGCCAAUGAGCGUCAAGCGCUGUUAUCUACAAUAGACCAGGAAACCGGUGCCAAUAUGACCGGCGUCGGAGCGUUGAGGGCGGCUGUGGAGAGGAGAGGGAGGGCCUCGGGCGGAGAGCAGUGUUUCAAGGACGAGGAAGGAGGAAUGAUGCAGAAACAUCUGUAAGGACAAUUGAGACUCUUUAAGGGGAGGAAAAGUGGGGCUGCUGGCGUCACACCGGCAGGGCAAAGGAUUCAAUGUCUGCAUGGGGGCAUUUCCAAGGGCACUGAGGUAAGGAUGGCCACAUUGCCAGGGAGACGGCGGAGGUGUGAGCUGUCAGCUCCAGGAGAAUGAAUGGAGACUGGACACUCCCCCCUCCUUUUUUUCUUUCGUAUAGUACCACUGACAGUGACAUUCUGACCUAUGUAGGACAAUUUAGACAAAGCAACAAUUUUAAAUAGCUUCUUUCCAGAGAGGGUUGGAGUCAGCCUACACGUUACACCCCCCUCCGCUCCCCCCAUCCCUCCUUUUCCCUGAGUUGGGAUGGAUGGGGUGGUAGGAGGAGUGGGUACCCCUGGAAGCGCCGGGGGCUCUGGUGGUGACAGCCUGCCCAGACGUAAUGGGGGGGACUCGAAGAGACGCAGUAAGGGCAGCUUACCUUCUCCGGGCUACAGGCUGUCCCAGGCCUCACUGGAAGGAGAGAAGGGUUCCUUCGGGGCAGACAGCACCACCUCCUCAGGUGGACGCGGCCGCCGCCCCUCCAUCAUGAGUUCAUCAACCAGGGAUGGGCUUCCCUUUCGCACAGCGGGCACCCCGACCACCCCCGUGCCCCUACCGCCACCGUCCUCCUCCUCUGCCAUAGCCCACCCUCCCUCGCGCUCAGUUGGCUUUGCCCGCACAGCCCUAGCCUCCACCUCGUCCACCGGGACUGGAGUUAUGGUGGUGGCCACAGGCGCAGAGACAACCACCACCACGGCUUGCAAUACCAAUGCAGCGGGGACUCCUGAGAUGGUGGGUCAUUCUGGGUUCGGUGGGUUUGGCAUGGGGCUGGACGGGGAGGACUACAGCAACUCAAACCAGAGCACUUUCAUCCAGAGACAGUUUGGAGCCAUGCUUCAGCCUGGGGUCAACAAGUUCAGCUUGCGCAUGUUCGGGUCUCAUAAAGCUGUGGCUCUCGAGCAGGAAAGACUGAAAUCGGCAGGAGCGUGGAUCAUACACCCUUACAGUGACUUUAGAUUUUACUGGGACCUGUUGAUGUUACUGUUGAUGAUGGGCAACUUAAUCGUCCUGCCAGUAGGCAUCACCUUCUUUCGAGAUGAGAACACCCCUUCUUGGAUCAUCUUCAAUGUGGUCUCUGACACUCUCUUUAUGGUUGACUUGGUUCUCAACUUCAGAACUGGCAUUGUCAAGGAAGACAGCACAGAGAUAUUGCUUGAUCCCAGGGCGAUCCGCCAGAACUACCUGAAGAGCUGGUUCCUUGUGGACUUUGUGUCAUCUAUCCCAGUGGAUUACAUCUUCCUGAUGGUGGACAGUCUGGACUCAGAGGUCUACAGGACUGCGAGGGCACUGCGCAUAGUCCGUUUUACCAAAAUCCUGAGCUUGCUUCGACUGCUCCGCCUGUCCAGGCUCAUCCGCUACAUCCACCAAUGGGAGGAGAUCUUCCAUAUGACCUAUGACCUUGCCAGUGCAAUGGUGAGGAUUGUAAACCUGAUUGGUAUGAUGCUGCUGCUGUGCCACUGGGAUGGCUGUCUCCAGUUUCUGGUCCCCAUGCUGCAGGACUUCCCUCCUGACUGCUGGGUUUCUAAGAACCUGAUGGUGAACGACACAUGGGGUGUGCAAUACUCCUAUGCUCUGUUCAAAGCCAUGAGCCACAUGUUGUGUAUUGGGUAUGGUGCCCAGGCUCCAGAGGGGAUGACUGAUGUUUGGCUCACCAUGCUCAGUAUGAUCGUGGGUGCCACCUGCUACGCCAUGUUCAUCGGCCACGCCACCGCACUCAUACAGUCACUGGACUCUUCACGUCGACAGUAUCAGGAGAAGUACAAGCAGGUGGAACAGUAUAUGUCCUUCCAUAAACUUCCUGCAGAUAUGCGGCAAAAGAUCCAUGAGUAUUAUGAGCAUCGCUUCCAAGGAAAGAUGUUUGAUGAGGAGAACAUCCUGGGAGAACUUAGUGAGCCUCUGAAAGAAGAAAUAGUCAGCUUUAACUGCCGGAGCCUGGUGGCUAAUAUGCCGCUCUUUGCCAAUGCUGACCCCAACUUUGUGACCGCUGUGCUGACCAAGCUCCGCUUUGAGGUGUUCCAGCCAUCUGACUUCAUAAUCCGUGAAGGCACCGUUGGGCGCAAAAUGUACUUUAUCCAGCAUGGAAGAGUUAGUGUCCUGACUCGUGGCAACAAGGAAACCAAGCUGAGUGAUGGGUCUUACUUUGGAGAGAUCUGUUUGCUGACUCGUGGACGGAGGACAGCUAGCGUCCGUGCAGACACGUAUUGCCGUUUGUACUCUCUCAGUGUGGACAGCUUUAAUGAGGUUCUGGAGGAACAUCCAAUGAUGCGUCGUGCCUUUGAAACAGUUGCUGUUGACCGUUUGGACCGUAUUGGCAGAAAGAACUCGAUGCUCCUGAGGAAAUCUUCCCAGGGGGGUUCUCUGGGGGGCAGUAUGGGUCGUGGUGGAGGCCGGGGUGGGGGGGGUCCAGGAGCUGGGGGUGGCCUUACAGCGGGCAGUCUGGGUUCCUGUGACAGUAUGUUGGUUCAGCAGAUUGUUAAACAUGACAGCAUGCCAGCCAUGCAGGACGCCAUUGCGGCUGCUGCUGCAGGAAGAAGUGGAGUGAUAGGAGGGAGUGGCACAGUGUCCCCUAGGCCACGCCCUGUCAUCUGGGCACCGCUGGUUCAUGCUCCCUUGCAGACUGCAGCUGCCACCAGUAAUGUAGCCAUUGCCCUCAUGCAUCAGCAGCAGCAGCAACAACAGCAGCUCCAGCAGCUGCAGCAGCAGCAUGCUCUAGGAGGGGCUUUCUUCCUACCUUCCCCUCUGAUCUCCCCAUCUCCAUCCUCUUCCUUUCCUCUCUCUCCUCCUCGUGCCCCUGUGCUACAGCCCCUUCGCCCCUCUGUGAGCUCCCUCAUUGGGAUGAUGGCGAUGGGAGGAAUGAGUGGUUUGUCACCAAGAGGAGGAUUUCCUGCCUCCCCCUCAACCAUUGGUCCUCUAAGUGGUGUGACAUCACCUCCGAUUGCUAAAACACCAUCCACUCCAGCCUCUACUGUCCCAACUUCCAUACAACAAGGAAGGACUCUCCAUUACAACCCACGCUUUCAAGCUGAUCAUCCCUCAAUGACUGCUGGAGCACCUGGAACCCCAACAGGGGGAGGGCCAGCUCCUUCACUCCACAAGGUACCAACCACCAACCCAAGCACCUCUUUCAGUUGCCCAUCUGAUGGCAACACUGGUCCGCAGGGUGCAAAAGAGGCAUUGUUACGUCAUGGUGGCAAUAGCUGUCAGGGUCUGCCAGCAUUAGGCAGGCUGACCCAGGAGGCCAGGCUGCUGUCAGCUUCACAACCUACUCUGCCUCACCGUUCCUGGGCUGGUGUGCAGCCUCAUCCUCCUCUCCAUCGGAAGGCAUCUGGUGGUAAUUUGCUGGCGACUCCUUUCCUGGCAGGGCAGUUAGCUAGGGGAGGCAGUGCAGGAAUGCUCACCUCCAACCCUCCAUUACAGCUGGUGACAAAUAUACCGUUUACUGCUCAAGUACAAGCCACCAUUCCUAUUCAGCCCAUGAUAACACAGGUUAUCUCUGGAAACACAGCCACUUUCUCACAAUCUACAGCUCCUGCUGUUUCUAUACCCACACUUGCACAUGUGCCCUCCUCAGCAUCUAUGCCAUCUUCCUCUCCUCCAAAGCAGACUCCACUGUCUUCUGCCACCCCAUCACCUGUCCCAACUCCUUCAUCUCCUACGGCCAUUUUCUCCCAGACACCUCGCCCAAAGCCAAUCCCAACAACCCCAUCUCGCUCCUCCUCCCCUCCUCCCUGUUCCACCCCACCUUCAGCAGGAGCAAGCCCACUAUCGACUUCCCGUCCCAAACCGAUCCUUACACCAUCUCCUCGCUCUUCCUCUCCCUCUCCAUCCUCCACACCCCCCUCAUCCUCUGUUUCUACCCCAAUUCCUCUACCUCAACCUUAUUGUCCCAAGUCAUCGCUUACAUCCUCUUCUCCUCCAUCCUCUUUGGUCACCUCUUCCCCAACCCAGAGCCCCAGAUCCAAGACAUCCAACACACUUCCACCAGCUUCUCUGUUGUCUGGCUCCAGUCCUGCCCUUACUCCAGCCCCUUCACCAAUACCAACUCCCACUCAGACAACUCGAACCCGACCUUCUACUCCUUCCCAAACUCCCACUCAAACCAUCACAAUGGUAACUCCGACCCAGACACUAACUCCUACAUCGUCUGUAUCUCCAGUCCUUACCACGUCUGGCAUCUCCCCAAGUAAAUCCCAGAGUCAAACACCUUGUCUCCAGCCCCCUGUCUCCACCUCAUUCAGAGGCCCCAUCUCAAGCCAAGUCCCAAAACAAGUUACACCACUUGCCCCAGUUCAAACUUCUGCCCCUUCCCUGACACCUGUUAGCACCAGCUCUCCACCUAAAGUAACUUUUUCUGUUCAUCCUGUGAAGCAAACCUCUGCAGUCUUUACUCAAAGUCCCACAUCAUGUUUGAGCCAUAUCAAACAAAUCGCAUCAGCAUCCUCAUCCUCAUCCUCAUCCUCAUCUUCAACAACUCUAUUACCAAACCAGGGUUCCACGAACCCUUCUUCCCCUCCUAUCUCCUCAAUCACCACCACCACUUCUCAUAAUGUUCAGUCUGCCGCUGUUCCCUCCCCAAAACAAACCUCAACAACUGCCCCUACCAGCUCCCAGAAACUCAACACACCAUCUGUCCCUGUCCAGACAUCUCAGGCACCUACCACUACACCUAACCAGACAGCACAUGCAGCCACCCCUGCCAACUCCACAUCCCCUAAAGGUGGGAAAAAGGACCCUCAGCUGUCACUCACCAGAAAAGACUCAGAGGGAUUGAGGCACAAACUGCCUGCAAACAUGUAAGAAUAUAGGGGAAAAACAUUUCAAGAAGUACUUUGUUUCACAGCCAGUGCCCAUAAACGGAACCUGGAUUUGCAGAUUUAUGUGAGAGCUGGCACCAGGCAACGGAUGGUUUAAUGUGGACAGAUAAUCUUGUUUGCAUUUACUCUAGGAUGUGAUUGUCUUAGAAUAUCAGUCAUUCAUGUGACUCCCAGGCAAGACAUUGAUCAAGAAGAUAGACUUAAUGGAUCUAUUGAGUGGGUGGCACUUGCUGUGGCAGAGUCUAAUAAACAUCCAAAUGUAUACAUACAUAUCUGUGUUAGUGAUUGUCGGAGGAAGCAGGGAAUCUGAAGGGGAAACAUGCGGCACUAUACAGUUUGUAAACAGAAAAACUGGAUGGAAGCAAUGGUUGGGGGUGUUUAAAGUGAUUGAAAACAGCAAUACUUGUGAAGCAUUUUAUUUAGUCAUGACAGGAAGUAACCUUGAUUAACAAUGAAGUGACAAUGAUUAUUAAUGUAAAAAAACAGUAAUUGUGUUGCUGUUGGGAAGAAAGUCCACUGUGACAUCAAAAUACAGGCAAUAGAGCAGACACCUCCUGGUUUCCAGACUAACUCCCUCUUGCCUCCCAUUCUACACCGAAGUGUAAUAUUUUCUCAUCACAAUAAAAAUAAUUAUAAUGAUGUAACAUUUCAGAAAAAAAAAUCACUGUAAAAUUGAUACACAUAUGAAUUUGAUUUAUUAGGAGAAAUACAUUGGUAGUUUUAUUGUCCCAGGUGUUUGGUGUUUAGUUUUUGAACAAUUCAAUUUUAAAACCUACAUGUUCACUUUGAC